AUGGAGAGCUGCAGGGUUCAGUGUUCAGUCUAUAGAGAGCUGCUGGGUUCAGUAUUCAGUCUAUGGAGAGCUUCAGGGUUCAGUAUUCAGUCUAUGGAGAGCUGCGGAGUUCAGGGUUCAGUCUAUGGAGAGCUGCAGGGUUCACCUAUGGAGAGCUGCAGGGUUCAGUGUUCAGUCUAUGGAGAGCUGCAGGGUUCAGUUUAUGGAGAGCUGCUGGGUUCAGUACUCAGUCUAUGGAGAGCUGCAGGGUUCAGUGUUCAGUCUAUGGAGAGCUACAGGGUUCAGUGUUCAGUCUAUGGAGAGCUGCAGGGUUCAGUAUUCAGUCUAUGGAGAGCUGCUGGGUUCAGUGUUCAGUCUAUGGAGAGCUACAGGGUUCAGUGUUCAGUCUAUGGAGAGCUGCAGGGUUCAGUAUUCAGUCUAUGGAGAGCUGCUGGGUUCAGUAUUCAGUCUAUGGAGAGCUGCGGAGUUCAGGGUUCAGUCUAUGGAGAGCUGCAGGGUUCAAUCUAUGGAGAGCUGCAGGGUUUAGUGUUCAGUCUAUGGAGAGCUGCAGAGUCACUGGAUUCUGUUAACCAAUUAAUUUGA